AUGCGCCACAGGGAGGGUUGGGCCUCUGGGUGUGCCGGCGGGGAUGCCUGCGGGCUGCAGGGGUUGGCGAUGGAGGGUACAGGCCUCGACGUGGCGGGCCUUGGGGCGGUCAGAGACAGACAGCCUGUACAAGUACCACAGGUACCUCUGGAGCGUCGCAGCUGGGGUGGCUGGGGGGGUACUAGUACCGGUGCGGGUACAAGUGCGAGUGCGUUUACGCGCGGUGAGGGUGGCGGUACCGGUACGGGGAACGACGAUGCCGUGUCUAAGGGAUGGCCAAGACAAGACAGCUGCCGUGUGCAAAGAGGGUUGGAAAUGCUCAAAGCAGAGAGAGAAAUGUUUGCUGUCCCGACCCGGUCCGGUUCGUGGGUUCCGAGGCACUCUCCUCCGCGAUAUGCCAACGUGGCGCCGUCCGAUCCAGCGGAAAGAGGGGCGAAUGAUUUGUUGGGCCUGAACGAAGGCGGUUGA